AUGAGGCCAUUGCGGCAAUUCGACUACCAUACGAUUAGUGACGUCGUGAUGCAAGCCCGGUAUACGGCCGUUGACGGCGGCGCCACACUGCGGAACACAGCGAUCUCCGCCGUCAAGAAGAAGCUAGCUGGAGUCGAGGGCUCAACUAUGUACGCGCUCAUCGACGUCAAGAACGAAUUUCCCAAUGAGUGGUUCAUAAUGACACGCACGGCGUCGGCAGUGCUGAAGAACAAAGGGCAACCGAGCCCGCCGGAUACAAAGGCCAGCGCCGUCCGCUUGAGCCUGCCACAACUGAACACGAAGUUCCCCUUUGGAGAGCAGGCAAGAACCUAA